GCCCACCACCCGCUCCCCGCCAUCGGCAGCCUCCGGAGCGGCUCCAUCCCAGCAGCUCCAUCCCGGGAGCCCCGAUCCCGCGGGAGCUCCCCGUGCGCAUCCCGGGGGAUCCAUCGCGCCCCCCCCCUCGGUAGGGGCGAGCCCCCCCCUCCCGCCGAGCCCCCCCGGUAUCCGCGUGCCGUGGCUGAUCCCUCCCUUCCCGGGGCUGCGCCGAUGGACUCUCCCAGCGCUCCGUGUGUGCGGCGGAGGCUGCGGCGGUAGCGCUGGUACCCGGGAGCUGCUGUCGCGCCGUGUCGCUGCCGGAGCAUCCUCCUUCCUCGCCGUAUCCCUUCCCGAGCAUCCUUCCUCGCCGGAGCACCUUCCUCCUCCUCGCCGGCGUCGGGAGGGAGCUGGAGCUGGAGCGGAGCGAGGGCUGAGCCAGGUCCGGGCCGGUGUCCGGGGUCCCCCCACGCCCCCUCCCACGGAUGGGUAGCACCGUCACCCAUCUCCCCCCAUCCCGGGCCUGAGGGCGCAGCCCCCGACGCAGAGACCCCUCCCCAUUUCCACGCCGGCGUCCCGUCCCAUCCCGCCGGCGCCAUGGACGAGUCCUUCCGGGACCGGACGGCGUUCAUCCGCGGCGCCAAGGACAUCGCCAAGGAGGUGAAGAAGCAGGCGGCCAAGAAGGUGAGCCGGGGCAUGGACCGCGUGCAGGACGAGUACACCCGGCGCUCCUACUCCCGCUUCGAGGAGGAGGAGGACGACGAAGACUACGCGCCCCAGGACGGCUACUACCGGGGGGGCGAGGGGGCCAACGAGGAGGAGGGGGCGUCCAGCGACGCCACCGAGGGCCACGACGAGGAGGACGAGAUCUACGAGGGCGAGUACCAGGGGAUCCCCCGGCAAGAGUCGCUGAAGGGGGGGGAGCGCCUGGGGGCCGCCACGGCCACCGGCGCCUUCGACGACAGCGAGGGGCAGCGGCGGAAGGACCGCGAGGAGCUGGCGCAGCAGUACGAGCUCAUCCUGCAGGAGUGCGGCCACGGCCGCUUCCAGUGGACCCUCUACUUCGUCCUGGGCCUGGCCCUCAUGGCCGACGGCGUCGAGGUCUUCGUGGUGGGCUUCGUCCUGCCCAGCGCCGAGAAGGACAUGUGCCUCUCCGACUCCAACAAGGGCAUGCUGGGACUCAUCGUGUACCUGGGCAUGAUGGUGGGCGCGUUCGUGUGGGGCGGGCUGGCCGACCGGCUGGGCCGAAGGCAGUGCCUCCUCAUCUCCCUCUCCGUCAACAGCGUCUUCGCCUUCUUCUCCUCCUUCGUCCAGGGCUACGGCACCUUCCUCUUCUGCCGCCUGCUCUCGGGCGUGGGCAUCGGCGGCUCCAUCCCCAUCGUCUUCUCCUACUUCUCGGAGUUCCUGGCGCAGGAGAAGCGCGGGGAGCACCUGAGCUGGCUCUGCAUGUUCUGGAUGAUCGGGGGCAUCUACGCCUCCGCCAUGGCCUGGGCCAUCAUCCCCCACUACGGCUGGAGCUUCCAGAUGGGCUCCGCGUACCAGUUCCACAGCUGGAGGGUCUUCGUGCUCGUCUGCGCCUUCCCCUCGGUCUUCGCCAUCGGGGCACUCACCACCAUGCCCGAGAGCCCCCGCUUCUACCUGGAGAACGGGAAGCACGAUGAGGCCUGGAUGGUGCUGAAGCAGGUCCACGACACCAACAUGAGGGCCAAGGGCCACCCCGAGAGGGUCUUCUCGGUCACACACAUCAAGACCAUCAAGCGGGAGGACGAGCUCAUCGAGAUCCAGUCGGACACCGGGACGUGGUACCGGCGCUGGCUCGUCCGAUGCCUCAACCUGUCGCAGCAGGUCUGGAGCAACUUCCAGCAGUGCUUCGCGCCCGAGUUCCGGCGCGUGACGCUGAUGAUGAUGGCGGUGUGGUUCACCAUGUCCUUCAGCUACUACGGGCUCACGGUGUGGUUCCCCGACAUGAUCAAGCACCUGCAGAGCAUCGAGUACGCCUCACGCACCAAGCUCUUCACGCGCGAGAAGGUUCGACACUUCACCUUCAACUUCACCCUGGAGAACCAGGUGCACCGUGGCGGCGAGUAUUUCAACGACAAGUUCAUCGGGCUGAAGAUGAAGUCGGUGACGUUCGAGGACUCGCUCUUCGAGGAGUGUUACUUCGAGGACAUCACCUCCAGCAACACCUUCUUCAAGAACUGCACCUUCAUCUCCACCGUCUUCUACAACACAGAUCUCUUUGAGUACAAGUUCAUCAACAGCCGGGUGGUGAACAGCACGUUCCUGCACAACAAGGAGGGCUGCCAGCUGGACUUCAGCGACGACAACAACGCCUACAUGAUCUACUUCGUCAGCUUCCUGGGCACCCUGGCCGUGCUGCCCGGGAACAUCGUCUCGGCCCUGCUCAUGGACAAGAUCGGCCGCCUGCGCAUGCUGGCCGGCUCCAGCGUCAUGUCCUGCGUCAGCUGCUUCUUCCUGUCCUUUGGGAACAGCGAGUCGGCCAUGAUCGCCCUGCUCUGCCUCUUCGGGGGGGUCAGCAUCGCCUCCUGGAACGCCCUCGACGUGCUCACCGUGGAGCUCUACCCCUCUGACAAGAGGUGGGGCCUCGGGGCUGGGUGCAAGGAGUGAGGUUUUGGGGGCAAG